AUGGCGACGAAUCAGAUCAGUUUUGAGAAGAUCGGCGUCCGACUCCAUAGGCGUCGGGUCACAGGACCAUUCCUUUGGUGCAGUGGUCCGGAGGACACUUUCCUGUUCCGGCUGAGGCCCCCGAUGUCCAGGGCAGAGACGAGGUGGAAGGCGUUCACCAGCCGGAUCUUCUUGCUCAUGGAGAUGUCUCGAAUGAUGUUUUGCCGAUUGAUCCUGGCGGAACGUGGCCAACUGAGCAUCAAGAGCGAUCGUCGCUCCUUCCUGGAGAGCUCCCGACAGGUCCCCGGAGCAUGCUUGCACCAGACGUCGGUGAACCGGGACAACCAAUUUGCAAAAGCCAAAGCCCGUGGACGAGCAAGUGUGAGCGAGGGUUACCCCAUGGAGGAGAGGACGAGUCCUGCUACUACAUCCCGGAACACCCCGCCGGCGAGGAGCUCUCACGAGGACGCAGCAGUGAAUCCGGCACUUCUCGGCCUCUCCACGGCGAUUCAGGCGAUGUCCGUGGGCAUCCAGCAGAUGAGCUCGGCCAUGCGCGACAUCGCCCAGGGACAAAGCCUAAUGUUGCAGAUGAUGACCCACGCCCAGGCGAUCCCCGCGAGCGAGAUGGACUUGAAGGAGACUGGUGGUCCUGGAAGCUGGCUCGUUCACUACCCGGUGGCCAAGGACGAGCUCUGGACGAACAUGGUUCUUGUCUGGCAUGAAGUUCAAGACGAGAACAUCCUUCUGGUCACCAACAUCGUGCAUGGGCCCUUCCUCGGCAUCUUCAGCCUCUUGAAGCUCAUCGAGAUCCACGGAAGAAUGUGCUUGGGCUCUCUGGACGCGGCGAGCCAAGUUUCUCUGGUCAUCUUUGAGGCUAUCGGCACCCAGGUCGAGGCGGGCGGCACCUUCAGCGUGAAGGCAGGCGUGGACUCUCAGGUGUGGAGAAGCAAGGCCUGGGAGGACCUUGCACUUCGAGACAAGAGCUUGCGGGUCUACACUGUGUGUGAGAACGGUGAUUUCUGGUUUCGGGUUGCCACUGACAGUUAUUGGAUGGAGGAGACGAAUGGCGACAAUAUCCCAGGAGCAAUGGAAAGAGACCUGGAAAGCUACCCUGUGGCUCUCGAGGCCGAGCAACGAGUCCGUCCUCAUCUCCUUGACUCUGAGGACCGGAUCGCCAAAGUCCGGAAGGAGAGCUUGGUGCAGAAGGGAGAGCGGUGGUCUAUCGUGGCCUACCAGACCAGGUCUGCCAAGAACCUGGACAGGAAGGCGAGGCGGAAGAAGAAGAUGAUCAUCCAGAACCUCGAGAUUCACGACUACAUCGACAACCAGCACUUCGGCUUCUUCACCAGGACGUUGAAGGCUGCGGGUGCCUUGCCGCGUGUGCUGAAGUAUGUGAGAGAUCGUUUUCACUUUCACUGCUCGCUGGUGACCUAUGCGCCGACGCCUCAGGUGGAGUCGAUCAUGAUGUUUCUUCAAGUGGGGGCGAACCCUCGGCACCGAUUUGCCUUCUGCGAUGUGAAGAAUGCUUUCUGUCAAUCUGACCGGUUGCGCCGGCCAAAUGGCCCACGUUAUGCUCUUCCCUGUGAAGGACUUCCUCUUCCUCCUGGCGCCCUCAUCGAGAUUAUCGUGCCGGUGUACGGGCUAGAUGAUGCCCCGGCGGCUUGGAGGGCGACGAUCACCAGGUUCCUUCAUCAGAUCGGAUUCGUGAGGAACCUGAUUGAACCUUGUUGGUACAUGAAGUAUGACAAGGCUGGGAGGAAUGUGGCUCAAGUGCUCGUCGAAGUGGACGAUCUGAUCGUGUCGGCAGAGGAAGGCGUCAAGGACACCGUGAAGAAGCAGCUGUGCGACCGGUUCGUCUCUGGCAAAUGGGGCGAGGACGCUGCGGAGUAUGCAGGCCGACGGGUGAUCUGCCAUGCGGACCAUAUCUCCGUCGACCAAAGCAAAUACAUCUUGGAGCAGAUCCACCCGAUACCACUCGCCAAGGGACGCCGAAAGGAUGGUGGUCCUCUUUCCAACGAGGAGACGCGGCCCGAACUUUGUGGUCUGGCAUCAAUCAUGGCCAGAACACGCACAGCCGCCCCCAUCAAGAUCUGGCGCUUCGACCCCGAUCAGAUGUCAUUCCUGGCCAUCUCGGACGCCGGAGGGAUCAAUACCAAGGAAGAGGAGGUGGAUGCCGAAGGUCUUCCCGCGGACGCCACACAAGGCGCGUGGAUUGUCCUAGCCUCUGAGACCCUCCCGGUCGGCGCCGAGCGGGUGAAGGCCAGUCCUCUGGCUUGGCGCAUCAAUGAGACCGACUGGUUGCAUAUCAUGUACCGUGACGCCUACAAGCACGACGUUCAGAGAAAGGAUUGGCGGAACUCUCCUUCUCCCCACAUGGUCAUCAUGAGAGGUUCCUGCGAACUGGGCGAGCGUCAACGGCAGUGCUCAGUCAACGAUGCGAAAAGCUUGUUAAGCUUGUUUGACUCGUUUGACUGCAUUCUUAAAGAACAUCCACAAGGCCGACAGGACAGGAAGGCUUCCCUUGUGCUUGCGAUUAUAGUCCGCGACCUGGAACAGACGAAAUCCAUGGUGAGUUGGGCCCCUCACCAGAAAAUGGUCGUAGACUCGCUCUCCAAGGUGGACCCAAGCAAGGCCUACGGGGCAAUGGAAGCUUUCCUGAAAGCCGGCUACCUUUCACUAGUGGACGAGAACAAGCGUCGCAGCCGCUCUGCUUCGGUAGCUCGUCUUGUGAAGGAGUAUCAGGAAGAGGAGGCAGAACGGAGAACCGUUGUCGCCGGGCCUAGCGGAGUCAAGUCCCUCACCGAUCAG